UAAAAAAAGAAGGCCCAAGAUUAGAAAUUAUUUACUUUUACAAAAAUAAUAGGUCAUUUUUUGGAAUCAACCUGCCUAACUUUGUUCCAAGUUGAUGGUAUGAGGUUUUGAAGUGGUAGGUAUUAAAACUAUAGUUGCAAUAUUCAACAUAAUAAGCGUAACUCUUGAAUCAUCCAGCAUAUUAUUUUCAUGACAUUUUGUCCCUGCCUUCAGGCCUACAAUCCACGAACGGUGCAAAUGGAUGAUACAGUGACUUCUCCAGGCAACAAAAUGGGCGAUUCCGCUUCGGAAAGUGACUCAAGUUCACUCGAUGGCGGAGCAAUGCUGCCCCCAAGCACCGUUUCUCGCGAUCAGUUACAGAAAAGAAUUGAAUCCCUGCAGCAACAAAACAGAGUGUUAAAAGUGGAAUUGGAUACUUACAAACUUAGAGUGAAAGCAUUGCAAGAGGAAAACCGUGCUUUGCGACAAGCAUCAGUAUCAAUUCAAGCUAAAGCGGAGCAAGAAGAAGAAUAUAUUUCCAAUACUCUCUUGAAAAAAAUUCAAGCAUUGAAGAAAGAAAAGGAGACCCUUGCUCACCAUUAUGAGAGGGAGGAAGAAUGCCUGACAAAUGAUCUUUCAAGGAAAUUGAAUCAAUUACGUCAAGAAAAAUGUCGUUUGGAGCAGACACUAGAGCAAGAGCAGGAAUGUUUGGUGAAUAAAUUAAUGCGCAAGAUUGAAAAACUUGAAGCUGAAACUCUUGCAAAACAGACAAAUUUAGAAAGACUUCGUAGGGAGAAGGUAGAAUUAGAAAACACAUUGGAACAAGAGCAGGAAGCAUUGGUAAACAGAUUGUGGAAGCGUAUGGAUAAGCUAGAAGCUGAAAAGCGAUCACUUCAAAUUAGGCUUGAUCAACCUGUUUCUGAUCCAGCUAGCCCUAGGGACAUCAGUAAUGGUGAUACAGCAUCCAAUUUAAGUAACCAUAUUCAAACUUUACGCUCCGAGGUUGUGAAGUUAAGGAAUCAAUUGGCAGUUUCUCAAAAUGAAAAUAAGGAAAAAAUGCAAAGAUUUGCUUUAGAGGAGAAACAUAUUCGAGAGGAGAAUAUGCGCUUGCAUCGGAAAUUACAGCAAGAGGUGGAACGUCGCGAGGCAUUGUGUCGUCAUCUCUCUGAGAGUGAGUCGUCUUUGGAGAUGGAGGAAGAGAGGCAAUUCAAUGAGGCUUUGAGUGCGCGGUCGCGCAGCGUGUCGUCGCCGGGCGGGUCGCGGCCGCUGUCGCCGUACGCGUCGCCGCUGCUGCCCGCGCCCGCCGGCCUGCCGCUCUCGCGCCCCUCGCUGCACUUCAACUCGCAGGCGAGAAGGACAAGCGAGCGGUUCGUGAAGCCCGCGGUGCCGGGCGCCGGGGCGCUGCCGCCACGCGCGCCGCUCGACCCGCCCGCGCCCCUCGCGCCCCUCGCGCCGCCUGCACCGCCCGCGCCGCCCUCGCCCUCCAUGCAGCCCGCCAGCCCUAUGGACACCUCCUCCAGAGACUAAACGCUGCACGCCCGCCGCGCCCGGCACCCGCAGACAAGAACGAGGUAGACUUUGAGACGCGACACUUGGACUGUGGUUUUGUAAGCGGGAGGACCCGGGUUCGACUUCUGGCCCCUAAUAGGGAAUUUAUAAUUUCUUAAUUUUCUUUGGUCUGAUUUGGUAGGACGCUUUGGCCGUGGCUAGUUACCACCCUAUCGUCAAAGUCGUGCCGGUAAGCGAUUUAGUGUUCUGCUACAACGCAACUUAGAAACUGAUGAAAGGUAUAGGUUUAAAAAAGUGCCAUAUACCUUCCAACUUAACCCGCUUUCAUCCUAGACUGCAUCAUCACUUACCAUCGGGUGAUAUCGCAGUCAAGGGCUAACUUGUAAUGGAAUCAAAAAGAGGCGACUCGAACACUGUUUUCGAUACGAUCGCGUAAUGAAAAGUCGACCUAGGCGUCAUCUCCACGGGCGAGAGUGUCGCAACGAUAGUCUCGCCGUGCCGCCAAAUUCGAUCCAAACUAUAGGCCUUUCUCCACAGGGCGAUACGAGUGACUCUUGGCCAGUCACUCGUCGCGUCUCGCGACGAUAUCGUCCAGUCUCCCGGCGAUGUCGUUGAAUCUCGGCAAUACCGAUGUCCGACAUGUUACGCCACAGAGGCCCAACGAGGCGUUACGUUUACGUCACGCGGCGAUCAGUUGUGGUGUCGUGGCGAAUCGUUGCGAGGCGCGACGACAUGCUGGCAGAACUAUCGUACCGUGGAGAUUAUCCGACGAUAGUAGGAUGGACUCGUCGCGAUACUCUCGCCCGCGGAGAUGGCACCUAAGUGUCUUUACGCAUUGCAUCCGAUCAGAAUCGAAGUAACUGUAGGACUAUUAUAACUAUGAAAGGAGGCGAAGGAAGGAUGCGGAAUUUCGUUUAACGGCUUCGGAUAACGAAAUUCCGAUCUAGUGGGCAACCCCUCAUACAAAUACUAUUACGGCUACUACGGACAGAGCUAGCUAGCGUUAUGUGUGGCGGUCGCGUAUCUCAAAGUCUACCUUAUAUCGCAUACCACAAGAUUAACCUCACUGAAAAGCGUCAUUGCGUAGAAUGAACGGCUCCACGGCUUCACACAGUUCCUUGAAAUUAUAACAUGGGGCAACAGCAUACACGAUGUUUUCAGCAACUACGACCGGCGUUUAGUUACUUUUCGGAAGCUUUAUGGCGCGCGUAAACGUUCCACUCCGGCCUCAUUCAAUGUCCAGUCGUAGCGAUCAAAUCGAUUUUAUUUGUUACUAGAUGAUGCCCGCAACGUCGUCCGCGUUGAUUUAGAUUUUAAAAUCCCCUGCGAAAUCUUAAAUUUUCCGGGAUAAAAACUAGCCUAUGCCCGUCUCUAGGAUGCAUGCUAUCUCUGUACCCAAAAAUGAUGUCCAAGAGAUGAAUUUUAGUUUUUUUAAGAAUCCUCUGAGAACUAAUUUUCCAGGACAACAAUAGUCUUUUCCGUCCCCGGGGAACUAUGUAUGGACCAAUUUUGAUUUAAAUCGGUUAAAAGGAUAAGCCUUGAAAAUAGCAGACAGACAUGUUUUCGCAUUUAUAUCAGUAUGGAUUUCAAUACGGGGAUCGAAUGUAGUCGUCAAAACGCGAUGCAGCAAUCGAAACAAUCGGCAGUCGCAAAGUCGCCGAUCGCUGAUGAUAAAGCAUCGUGUCUGUUACGGCUCUUAAACGAGCUGCAUUGGACACGAAGCGUGUAGCUGUCACAUUUUAUACAAAACCACAGUUAUGGACUUAUUCAAGUACGGUCGAAGAGGUGUGCCAUACAAAAAUUAUUGCAUUGCAUUGCAUUUGUGCUGAUUCGAAGCGCUCUACCGAGCGUAUCAAUAUUGACACUUUGUGUCUAAUGGUCUUCUUUUUGACACUAUGUUGACAGAUGUUGCAUCACAAUAUACAUAGUAUAUUAUUUAUUUGCGAUGCGGCAUGCCAUAGUAUGCACUUGAGAAUAGCAUCGCCAACAAACGGUCAUGUACAAGAACGACUAAAAAGAAUGUUGUGUAUACCAUCUAGGAAAUAUAAUUUGUUUUUAUUUAUUUUCUAAUCAUAUUGAGCUUAAAAUUUUGUUUUUAAUUUACCUUAUCAUAGAAUCCGCUUCUAGUUAUCGAAUUAUUUUCUAGAAUGUAAAUUAACAUCAAAGGUUCAAGAAAGUUCUAAGAAAAUUUGAUAAAUCUUAGAUUCAAGGCAUACUGCGGUAGAGUCCAAAUGACUCAUGUAAUACAUAUAUUAUCACUACGUACCUACUACCUAACUAAUGGACAAAAUUAUGUGGAGCAUGAUGCAGUGAUGCGCGUGCGUGCUUAUUUUUGCGUCUUAUCAUCUUUUUUGAGAGACCAAUGACCACAGUGGUAACGGGCGGCCGAUAUAUUUCGAGCAUUUGACCCCCAAUGCAUCGUCUUCAUUGCAGUGUUUUACCUUGCACAUUGCCGCGAACCAUGUUAAUGUUGAAUGAUCCAUUCGCGCCAUUAUCGCGAAUUAAUGUGUGGCCGGUGUCAAUCGUAUGUUCUGCACAUUCGCGUUAACCUGAAUCGCGUCGUAAGUUUUUUCAAGGCAUCGAGCUUGCUUGCUGCCUCUGAUGCAACGUAUACUAGUAUAUUUUUAUCUUGGAUGCAGCGAGGUCGCGCGCGUUGCUGUUUUGAGUUUCGGCCGUUGGUAAAAUCUUGUUUGUGUUUCAAUCACCAAGUAAACUAUAACUGAUGAAAUAAAACAUGCUGGCAACUUUCUAAUACAAAAAAAGUUGAAAGACAGAUUUAUUCUUCAAAUAUUAUUCGACGAUUGAAAAAUCAGCUUCAAAACUUGAAACAUUUUUUUAAACAAGUAAUUUAAAAGUUUUCAGUAAACCAGCGGCCCUCAAUAUAAGAGACCUCAUUGAGUAAAUCCAUCUGGCCGUCGGGAUGGUGUUAAUAUCCCAAAUACAUACCCAGAUAGUGAAAAUAUAACCCUGUCUUUGCUGUCGCGCAGUCGGGUAAUGAAUGACUAUUGAUUCAUACUAAAAGAUUAAAGGUCAUAGCUCAUUUAUGACACGAUUCGCACACAACACACGCACGGCUCCGCCUCAAAUCGAAGUGACCGCUAGUUGUCCACGCGCCGACAGCUAGUAAAAAGCUCGCUGUCCACGCGAUGACAGCUUGCUGUACGGUGUCUCCCUACUCAGCACGUUACAACUUACUCAAGCUGUAGACGCGUAAGCCGCUCGCUUGAAAGCGCGUGAUAAGCGAGACGUCAACCAUCGAGUGCGGCAAGCUCGCUGGUUACGCGUUGUUUGAUAUUGUACUUUGUCAAUUUAAUAUGUACAGAGAACGACUUUAAACCCAUAUUUGAAUGUUUAUUCUUUUACCGUGCGGGAACUGUGUCCUGUAAGUAAGCUACGACCUUAAAUCUCAUGGCGCUCGUUACAAUAGACACGAAUAGUGAAUUAUCGUUUUCAAGAAACAUAAUUCUAAUUUAUAACUAAAAUAAUAUUGAAUAGCUACAAGCAUUCAAUAGCGCGGCCUAGAACGCAUGUUGAUAUAAAAUUUGGUCGUUGCUACAUAAGAUAAUUCGAUUAUUUAAUUAUUAUUAUUGAAAAAUAAUAUUGUUACUGUGUAAGUCUCGCUGCUGAUGAUUAAUAAUACAGCCAGAUUACAACGGCUUAAAACGUAAUUGUUUUAUCAAAGCGAUUGUAUGCGGCCUCAAGGCCGUCAUUACAUAGCACACGAGCUCUUGCGUCCUUAAAAUAGUUGCACAUCACUCACUGCCUUUUAAGCCGCGUCCACAUCAAUAAAAAAUUGGGUUGUGCGUCGGUUAGGCGAAUGUUAUCGGGUCCAAGCACUUUCGUCAGUAUGGACGUCUCUACAGGAAAAGAGAUUCGAAUUUGCGGCGAAAAUAUUAUAAACGCUGCGCCGCGCCGCCGUAACGCACAUACGAUGCUUUAGAUUGUGUGGAUUAGGCUUUAGAGUAUACACGUACCUAUAUUUUGAUUACAAGAUAGGUUCCUCUGCUGUGUUACGCGGGUUUUCCCGUAGGCCGCGUGUCAGCAAAUGUAAAACACCGGCCAAGUGAGAGACGGGCUCGCGCACCGAGGGUUCCGUUUGGAAGAAAAUUAUGUGUUAGUAAUAAUAAUUAUAAUAUUACUUUGUUAAUUGUUAUUUCCAAUUAUAAAUGUA